CACACAAACACACAAACACACACACACACACACACACACACAUCUACAUUUUGACACAUUUCCUCAUAAAAGUACUGUAUACACCCUAGAGUGUUGUGAUAUAUUUGUCUAUUGAUAGCGAUUAACUAAAUUACAGAAUCGUAUCUCUUUUCACAACUUUACAGUGGAACAUGGCAGGAGUCACAUCUAAUAAUCGUCUUCGAAUGCAGGCAUUGUGCAAACAACGCCUGUAACUUCCUCAUUCAUUUUGUGGUUUUUCAGACUGAGAAAGCAGCUUCCUUUUAUGCUUUGCUAGUCAUUUGCCGUCUGCCUUCACUUUUGAUCGCAGCACACUGAGGCAGCAGCAGUGAUGGCAGGCAUGACUGCUUUGCCACUUCAACAAUUAAUUGCUUCGUUGGACAACUCUUCGUUGCCAAGAAUUCUACAAGUUUGCUCUGGAGUUUAUUUCCAAGGCUCUAUAUAUGAGAUCUCUGGCAGUGAAGUGUGCUUUUCUACCGGGGAUCUAAUAAAGGUGACUGGCCUUGAUCUCCUGUCAGUUUGCUGUGAAGACAUCAGCAACAAUGAGGCGUUUGAGCUGCCGAUCAGCCACACAGGUCUGUUCCAGGUGGUCCCAGAGGAGAUGCCCUACAGCUCAAUGGAGGAGAUGGUGAGCCUGAGGCCCGUGGGCCUGGAGUCCUGCCUCCCCUUCACCUUCACCUGCCUCUCCAAGAUGACUAUUGGAGACUUAACCCUGGGAACCGGCAAAACUCUGACGGUGCUCUCCAUCGAGCAUCACGAGGGUAAAGAGGACCAGGUGCGCUGCCACGUUCAGGGACAACAGGAAGCCUCUGCAGAAGUCUGCAUCCCCAUAUCCUCCCAUGGGCAGUUCAGGGAGUGUGGGAGUGAGGAGCGCUUCACCCUGCAGGAGAUCAUGUCCUCGCCCGGCCUCCGCACCCGCAAGUUUCGCUUCGUCAACACCACCAAGAGUGACCGGACCCUGGUCCUCAGUCCGGUGUACGAGGUCAAAGCCAUCAUGAACUUGAGGACGAACGUGUUGAAGUUUCCCUCCAGCUUAGAGGUGGAUGUGAUCGAUGUCACCGAGACGUCUAAGGAAGUGAAUUUCGUCACCCCGCUCAGCCUGCCGGAGGUGUUUUCCCAGCCAGACGACUGCUUCCCUACAGUAGUGGAGGUCCUGGACGGCCCGGGGAAAAACUCUCUGUUCAAGUGCAGCUGGCUGCCACAACUCAACCAGGGCCGCCAGCUGAUUUUCCACAAGAGAGAAACCUUACCAAUGGUUUUAUUAACCAGCCUGAAAUGCCGAAAAGCGAAGCAGUACUUCCUGGUAUCUCAGCAAUACGGGGGACGGUUCCGGAGGAGGCCGAGGGAGUUUAACUCGGUGUACGAGCUGCACGUCGCCUCCAUCCAGGCUCCGGGUCUGAAAGUCAGCGUGACCAGGAACUGUGAGGACGUUGAGGAGGAGGGGCUGCCGGCCCUCGGCGUCGGGGAACAGCUGGAGGUGGUUCGCUGCCAAACAAUGGAGCUGCCCUGUGAAAGCAGCACGGGACGGAAGGAGUCUGUAGAGGCACUUUUGUGUCAACGUCUCCAAGAGCCAGACAGUGGGGACGAUGAUGAUGACGACGAUGAGGAAGUGAAGCAGGAGGAAGUGAAAGAGGAGAUUUUACUGCCUCUGUACAUGCAGGGCCACUUUGUGGAGGUGAUCAGUGACAACAAAAAGUACAAACUCAGGGAUUUGGGGAAGGAGUUUAGUUUGCCGCUGGACGUAAAAGCGGUUAGCAAAGAUCCCGAACUGGAGACGGAUCCACUACUCGGGGUCCAGUCUCUCAGGAUAGAGGGGGCCAUGGUGGAGCCCACCAUCCAGGCCAGCUUUCUGCACAGCCCGGACCACUGCUUCGAGAUCCCGGCCAAGUGGCUUCCCAUGUCCGUGUCGUUAAGCAAAGACCCCCUGCCGUGGCCCCGCCACCAGCCACCCAAGUGCCGCGUCCAAAGGGUUGCCGAGGUGACGGACACCUUCUUUUACGAAUUUCGCAAACAGGGGAACUCGGACGCAGCUCCUCCACCUCGACCGCCGAAGAAAAAUAUGUCGUUUUCAAAGCCGUCCAAAAAGUCACAGAAGAAACCGCCCAAGGGAGACAAACCCAAACACGGAGCGAACAAAAGCGUGCCGACCAAAGAGUUCUCUGAUCUGACGAUAAACAGCAAGAGAAGGCCCCCAGCUCCCCCACCACCGCCUGGUAUCUUAGAUGAUCAGCCUCCGCCCAUCGUACCCCGAAAACUGUCAUGUGAGGAAAAGACAGCAGCCAAGGCUCUGCCAAACACCUAUGUGAAAAUGGAGGAGCCGAAGAAAAAAGUGCUGCUGCCUGAAGUUGAUGCAGAUGAGGACAGUGAGCAUGACUAUGAAGAGAUGGAUGAAAGUUUCUUAUCGGCGGUGAAGCUGGCGCAAGAGAAUGUCAUGUAUUACUAAAAAUAUCACAAACUGGCAGUGGCAACAACCUUAGGGGAUAUUAUGCUCAUUUUCAGUUUCAUAUUUUGGUUCCUUAUUGUUCAAAAGACAUGUUAUUCCUCUCAUACUGUCAUACUGAAAAGAUCUGUGUUAGCAGCUGACAGAACUCCCCAAAAUCUAAUAUUUGUUUCUUACAUAGUGCUAUUUAUCACACUGUGUUUUUGAUGUGAGUGGCCUGGUUUUGGGGAUAUCAGGCAUGGAGAUGUCUACCUUUUCUCAAAAAUAAUAGGACUAUAUGGCACUCAUCUUGUGGUACAAAAAGCUUUUUAAAAAAUAAUUUGAAAACUCAACAGAAAUGUCACUUUCCAGUAAUCCUGACCUUGUUCCUACUAACCCACCGACCUUACAUUGUUGUCAGCAGUUUCAUUUAGAAACUAUUUAUUCUCAUAUCAUUUCUGUAAAACCCGUGCUACAUAUGUGGUCAGCAAACUUUAAUUUUAUCAGUCCUUAAUUUAUACUUUCACCCUCUUCAAGGUUGAAAGUGUCUGUAACUGUGUCACAUAUGGUAUACCACACUCAAACUGUUGAAUAAUACUAGCCUUGUGGUACUUAUUAUUGUUAUAGUAUUUGCUGAGAUAUGAUACAGUAGCCUACCUUUGUGAUUGUUGUUCAAACUUGUAUGAAAACCAUUGAGACUGUGUGAUCGUUUUGGGGCUGUAGCUAGUUUUUUUGUAGACAAUACCAUAGGGCUGCACGAUUAUGACCAAAAUGAUAAUCACGAUUA